GGGAUACGGUUUCGCGCUAGAAGCACGAGCCGAAAAAUCGGUGAGGCGAUGCAGUUCGGCGUUGAGGACGAUCACGCUGCAUCUGCUAUUAUUGUGGCUGUUAGUUCGACAUCACUGGACCGAACUCACUCGUUUCCUGCGAUUUGAUUUCCUGUCAAUCGUUGUCCAUCUUGCUAGCAGCAGCAGCUUGACAAUGCCCUACGUGCCUCGUAGCGUGAUAGAAUGGGCAUUCCUUGUAGUAGCAGCUACUCAAGCCAUCAGCACAAGCGCCCUUGAUAUAGUGAUACUCUUACGGUUCCUCUCCUGGGUCAAACCCGAGGUCUACCAAGUGCCAGGCGCAUACGUCGUCCCGGUAAAUUUCGCUGUAUUCGUCCUCGGCAAUGUCUACUUUGCAAUUCUGGCCUUCGACGCACUUCAAGCACGGAACAACCUACAGUUGUUCGGCAUUUGUGCAUUCAAUGUCGGCAUCUUCUUUUUCUCCCUCCUGCGUUACGAUCAGACCCGUUACAAUGCGACCUUGCUUUCAACAUCCACCACAAUUGGCGGGGCAUCGCUCGUCAAAGCGGACGUACCAUUCUUAUCAUACAUUCAGCCGGUACUCAUAGUUUCUACUAUCGUUCUAGGUGUAUGUAUGCUAUGUUCCUGGAUACUCGUGUUCAGAUUGAAUCACGAGUUUGCAUGGGCGAUAUACAGACAUGUCAGCGGGAGUCUCGCGACGCGACGCAAAUAUCUCACCUAUCAGAUACUUCUGGUCUUUAUGAAGCUGGACAUAUACUUCAUCAUCGCUUUCAUCAUCGUAUACGGCACGAUCAAUGUCCACUGGCAAAUCCCAGAGUUUCCGUUGACUGUCGCCAUCAUUCCCCUACUAAUAGUUCAAAUUGGCAUGACGACCCACUUCACAAAACGAGAGAACAGAUUAGGAGCUAUCGCUGCAAUUGUUAUCCGACUUGGCGAGAUAGCGUAUCUGCUCAGCCGCAUCCUCGUCUUGCACGGCGUGCAAAAGAGCUCGAGAUCACAAACGUUAAUGAAGAACGAAAUGCUUUUCUUCGCAGGGUGCUCCUUGUUACUGUCGACUAUCGCUUGCGGAAAUGCCACUCUAUGCCUGCUCAAUUUUGGCCACGGACUCAAGCCAUUACUAAUGGAUUCGGGCUGGAAGCAGGGACGAUACGAGUUCCAACCCAUUCAUGACCGAGGGCGCCCAGCGGCAAGGCUUGAACUGGACUGAUUGCUCUGGGAGCUCACCCACAUCGCAAAAAAGGUUCAACGUCGACUUGGUGUUCUUUCUUAAGGCUUUGGCACCCAUCUUCCCAGAGUAUG